AUGGGACGACAUGGGAGUGAAGGUCGACGGUCGGCAGCUACACCAUUUGCGCUUGACAUCACACUGAAAACAUCGUACACAUCGUACAUCGUACUGAAAACACAUAGCAUCAGACAAGCGGAACGAAUGCUGACCAAAUUCGACGAAACAUGUGGAUGCAUCGGUCUUCAGCUGAAUCUACAAAAGACGAUGUUCAUGCGGAACGGAUGGGUCUAG